GAGAACGGCCGAUCAAGACCGUCGCGUCCCGGGAGGAAUUGGCUCAGCGCCACGAGGGAGGGGCGGGCGAGGGGAUCGCGAAGUCCAUCAAGAAGGCGGUUCUGAACACAGGACUGGCGUCGCGGAAGUUGCGAGAGCAUCUGGCGCUGAACGUUGCGAGGUUCGCGCCGCGCCCGCUGGGCUUGGCGGGGGCGCUGAAUUUUCUGCGGUCAAAGCAGGCGGCGCUGGCGUUGACCAGCCCGGCCGCGAUGGACUCGGACGCGCUCGCCCUCGCGAGCGAACGCGGCGAGCGCGGCGAGGGCGAGAUCUCGCAAGAAAAAUCAAACGAGGAGGGCAAGGCAGGAAGUCGAAUUUACAGCUCGGGCAGACGGGGGUCGGGGAGACGAGGCGGCAAAGGCCUCGAUUCGAAUUCGACGAGCACGCCGCGCAAGCACAGCGGAAAGAAGGAGCGCAAACUCAUGGGGCGCAGGAAGGCAACGCAAGACACGAUUGACGGCAAGACCGCCGAGGAGGGGCUGCGACGCAUUUGCGCGGGCAUAGGCAAGGGCAAGGGCAACAGUGACGCGUCGGGGGCGACGUCUCCACGCGUCGAGAGCAAAGAGCUGAGCGAGAAGAUGGAGUGGGCCAGCGGGUCGGAGAUAAAGAACGCACAGGGCAGGCCGCUCAAGAUAGCCAAGAGGCGCGGGCUCUGCAGCUACGAUGUGGCCGCGAACGCGCCUUGCCCGAUCGAUGGCAAGAAAUUUCCCGACGUGCCGGAACCAGAUCAAGCAUAUGAUGGUGAAGAGGCCCAGCGACCGACUAUAAGGGGGCAUAGGUAUAAGCCGACCGCGGGGGAGUCUGCACUGCACAAGCGCACGGGCAUGCCGUUCAGGGGCCGGCGCAAGUGGCGCUUAUGGGGGCGCGGCAAGGAGGGG